AAGUAAGAAAUUUUUUUUUUCUGUAUAUAUAGAUUGUUUCUCGUAAAAUUUUACAUUAACUUAUCUCUUUUACUAUUUUAGGCUAGACGUUUUUCAACACCGCAGAAGCUGUUGUCAUUGAUCAUACACGAACGGUCUCCAACGGCUUAUAAGCUAUUGUCUGAUCUGUUUGUUCUUCCUAGUCCUGGAACUUUGAAAAAAGUUCUUGACAGGAUGAACUUCGAUACAGGAAUAGCUCCAGUUAUUGCACGUCACCUACGUAAUGAAGGUGAACGUCUGGCAUCUUCAUUGGAUAGAUAUGUGACAAUAAUUUGGGAUGAAGCUGCAACGGCACCGCAUUUGCAUUACGAUCAUUCAAAAGAUAAAAUUUUUGGAUUCGAAGAUUUUGGAUACAAGAGGACAAUUAAAUUUGCCGAUCAUGUCAUUGUGGUUGCUGCUCAUUCGGCAAAUCGUGAUGAUUGGUUUGUCCCUAUCUAUCAUGGGUUUUGUGAAGGUCAAACUAAUCCACCCGAAUUAAUUAGGAUUAUCAAAUUAGUAUUCGAUGAAGUAAUUGAUUGUGGACUAGUUCCCGUGGCGACGGUUUGUGACCAGGGAACCAAUAAUGUUAAGGCUGUAAAAGAUUUAAUUUUACAGUCUAACAGAUUAAGGUUCCAACAAAAACAAAAUCCAGAUAAUACUAUUCUAUGGCGUGGUUUGGAAAUUGUUCCGUUGUUCGAUAGUCCUCAUCUGACAAAGGGUUCUCGAAACAAUUUACUGACCAAAAAACUGGAGUACGUGCACAACGCUAAGGCGCAGCGUGAAUUUUUUACUUUAUUUAAGUAUAUCAACGUAAAUGUCAGCGACUCACUACGCUCAAUGGGAUGAUGUCGAGCAAGCAUAUAGAGUUGAUAAACACCGUACAACUGGUUCUCGAGUCACGAAGUUGACCGAUGAGCAUAUUUAUGUAAAAAAAAUUAAGAAAAUGAGAGUCCGUCCUGCUGCUCAAAUAAUGAGUCGAACCGUGGCAAAUUUGAUCAAAAGUGUAAUUGAUUCUCCAGAUCCUAUUGAAACAACAGAAGGACAAGUGUAUAUGGAUCAUAAAUCAUUAUUUACAGCUGAGAUUUUGAACUUUUUUAAUGACUUGUUCGAUUCGAUAAAUGGCUCACCCCGUCAUAUAAAAACUACAGCCCCGUUGCGAGCUACCGUUACUGCUGACAGUCCUCAUCAUGAGUUUUGGGCCCGCAGCAAGUAUUUUUUGGGUCAGUUGCGAUUUCUUGAUCCUAAAAAUACAAAACGCAAAGCUUCAGUUCCUACUCUCGAUAAUUGGAAGCUGAACGUAGAGGGCUUCAUGAAACUGUGGAAAAUCUUGUCUCGUUACGAGUUUAAAGAAUUCUCUCCCCGAAAUUUUAAUCAAGACGAUCUUGAAAGUACCUUUGGAUGGUUAAGGCAAAAGAGUUGUAAUAAGAAGCCGUCUUGUAGAUUAAUCACCUCACACUUAAGGAGUUUUCUAAUCGACAAAGUAGGAAGAUUCAAGGUACGCCAUGGGAAUACAGAACAUCGUUCUGACCAUGAUGAUUCCGAGAGUGUCGAUUUUUCUGAUAUAAUUUCUACGUUCAACAACUUUUUAAUUGAUAUUGAUUGUGUUGAUAAUGAUGGUGAUGAAAAUAAUACUAAUGAUGUAGAAGAUUCUGCUGAAACAUCUACUAUCGAAAGCAGUAUUCCAUUUUCUAAUGCUGAAUCGACAAAACCAAAGUCAAACAUCAUUGAGCAAUUAUCUCGUCAUAACGAGAUAAGUCAGCAACUGAUGAAAGUUGUUGAAUGUAGAAAUUGUAAAAUUUCUUUUGUGCGAAAGACAGGUUCCGUUACGUCAAACUCAUCCUUUGACCUCAUGUACUUUCAAGUACUUGUAGCUAUUGAAAAAUUCAUGGUCACUCAGUGCUACAAGUUUGAAAUCAGUAAAAUUUUAAAAUUGAGGGUUGAAGAACUUAUGAACCGUAGCGAGAUUACCAAGCAAUGGUCGUCUUGUUUAGAGCAUUAA